AUGGCAACAGAGCAUGGCUCUCAGAGGGUUCCUGGCCACCAGAAGACCCCUGAAGGAGUUGUAUCUCCUGGGAGUGCUGCUGAGGGUCCCACCUUGACCAGAAGAAGGAGCAAGAAGGAGAGCCGACUGCCAGGGUCCCAGAAGGCCAGUUCUGGGAAGCAGUCCUCUGGCCAAGGCUCUGAGGCCUCAGGAAGCAACAGGAACGCCCCAAAGACCAAAGUGGGGCAGGGCGAGCCACCUUCAGCACCGCCCAGGCAAGCCUCUCACAGACAGUCCCACCGACAUCGUUCUGACCCCCAGCAGGAUGCUGCCCAAAGGACUUAUGGGCCCCUGCUCAAUCGCAUCUUCGGAAAGGAUCGGGAACUGUGUCCUGAGGAGCUGGAGGAGCUGCAGGCUGCCUUUGAGGAGUUUGACACUGACCAGGAUGGCUGCAUCGGCUACCGGGAGCUGGGUGACUGCAUGCGGACGCUGGGCUACAUGCCCACGGAGAUGGAGCUCCUGGAAGUGUCACAGCACGUGAAGAUGCGCAUGGGCGGCUUUGUGGAUUUUGAAGAGUUUGUGGAGCUGAUCAGCCCAAAGCUGAGAGAGGAGACAGCUCACAUGUUGGGUGUACGAGAGCUGCGCAUCGCCUUCCGAGAGUUUGACAAGGACAGGGAUGGACUGAUCACAGUGGCGGAGCUGCGACAGGCAGCGCCAGCUCUGCUGGGGGAACCACUAGAGGGCACCGAGCUGGAUGAGAUGUUGCGAGACAUGGACCUCAAUGGGGAUGGCACCAUAGACUUUGACGAAUUUGUAAUGAUGCUAUCUACUGGCUGA